CCCGGCAGGAGAGGAGGCUGGCGGAGAUCAACAGGGAGUUUCUCUGUGACCAGAAAUACAGUGAUGAAGAGAACCUGCCAGAAAAGCUUGCGGCCUUCAAAGAGAAGUACAUGGAGUUUGACUUGAACAAUGAAGGCGAGAUCGACCUGAUGUCUUUAAAGAGGAUGAUGGAGAAGCUUGGGGUCCCCAAGACCCACCUGGAGAUGAAGAAGAUGAUCUCAGAGGUGACAGGUGGGGUCAGCGACACCAUCUCCUACAGAGACUUUGUGAACAUGAUGCUGGGGAAACGGUCGGCUGUUCUCAAGCUAGUCAUGAUGUUUGAAGGAAAAGCCAACGAGAGCAGCCCCAGGCCAGUUGGGCCCCCUCCAGAGAGAGACAUUGCCAGCCUGCCGUGAGGACCCCACCAACACCUGCUCCUGCCUUCCCCACCCCUCUCCCUCCCUCCUGAGCUCACUGCCCUUCUGGACUCAUUGUGAUUUGUCUUGUUUUUUUUUUUUUUGGUCGUUAGGUGUGUUGAUUUGUUUUUCAUCUGCAGAAUCAGUGAUAUCUUUGUAAAGCACAAAUUAUAUGCCUUAAAGGGGCUCUGGGCCACCCCCUACCUCUUCUCCCCUCCUUCUCUGCUUCCUGUGCAGAAGGGUUGACAUCAAACCAAAAACCGGAGCGGGCAGGGCCAGGGCAGAGAGGCUGGUAGCUAGUGAGCCCUACGCUUGGAGCUGGCAUUGUCAGCUAAGCCUAGACUCGCUGGCCUGCCCCUAGCGAGGACCACAGACUACUUCCAGAAGACCUCGAAGUAGGGACAAGGCCGUAGGGCCCUGCUCGGGUUCCCUCAGACACUCUGAGGUUCUGGUGCUCUCACGUUGUCCAGGAGGUGGCCACUCACCACCCCAAGCCCCAGCUAAUCCCCCCUCAGGCCAUACUUCUCUCCCUCAGGGAGGUGACAGAAGGAGCUCCGGAGAGGGGCUUGGCAUUUGAGAUUCUCAAGAAGGUUGUGGAAGGAAUCUUCUGCCCUUGCCCCCUGGCCACGCCCUCGUAGGCAGCUCAGAGGGAGCCUUUGCUGGGGGACCAAAGGGCUUCAGGGGUAGAGGGGAGGCUAGGGUCUUUGGGGAGGGUGGUCUGCUCAAUUUAGUCCCACCUUUUAGGGAGGAUGCUGAGGGCAAGGGGAUAGGAGAAUGAGGAAUAAAACGCUUAUGGCAAAAAGUGUCAGCACCACUGUUAAGCCAAGACCUAAGAGACAGGUUGCCUUUCUGAACCCAGUUUGCUUGAAAACUGCCUGUGCAUCCCCAUUCACCUUCCCACCUGAUUCACACCAUUCAUUCAUUCAUUCAUUCAUUCAUUCAACAGAUAUUUAUUGACCACCUAUUAUAAGCUUUAAGCUCCUCCCCCACUUUGUCCUGACACGUGCCGAGUCCUCUGUCUCUCUAACUCAUCUCUCCAUUUCCAGAUCGCCCAAACCUUGAGCGUGGGGAUGCGAUCGGGGUUACCUGGUUCUUUAUUAUGGACUCACAGGGUUUUAGAGCCCCGAUCCACCCUGUAGGUUAGCUGAGCCAGUCCUCUCAUGUCACAAGUGAGAAAACUGGUGGCCCACAGGGAUUAAGUGCCUUGCCCCAGGUCGGGGGUUAAUCUGGAGACAGAAUAGUCUGGACUGAAGCCCAGGUGUUCAGAUGCCCUGCCCAUGCUUCAUCUCUGCUCUGGGCUCCCUCGGUGAGUGAUGAAAACAAGGUACGGGGCAGGGAGAGGCAGUCUCCUAGGUCGGCAUUUGGGCCAGGACUCGCUUUUCCCAGCGCCUCCAAGACAGCAUCCAGGUUUGGAUGAGCGCCAGGCCUGCCUCUGCACUUCUGCCUUCCCUAGAGCUUCUCAGCUAAGCCACUUCUUGGAACUCAUGCAGGAAGAUGUCACACUCUGCCCCAUCUUGGCUGAGCAGGGACCUCAGCCUUGACCCCACUUGCCUUCUGGAGUCCCUUACUCUGCUCACUCAGAGAGACGCGUUCAUCAAUUGAACAUAUUUAUUAUGCACCUGCUAUGGGCCAAGAGACAAGAACGCAGUAGUGAAAUUCAGAGUCUGAUGAGGAGGUCAGACUCAGGGAUGAGUGACAUGAAUGUUAGCAAAGAGAGAUAUGGGGUGACUGCACUGCAAUCCUGGGGCGCCAAGCCAGGCUAAAGGCAAGAGUCUUGGAGAAGCCUUUGCCAAAUCUUAAGUGGCAAUGUCUGGGUGCGGUUGGAGCCAGUGUGGGCUCCCUGUGAUUCCUCAGUGACCCGUAAACUAGGGCGCAAGGAGCUACCCUUGUAGCAGCUUGAGGUUGCGGAGCCGGCAGGGGCAGGGGAAAUGGCUUGGCUGGGUUAAUUUGCUGGUCUCAGCCAGUUCAGGAGCAAGAUUAUUUGGCUGUGACUGGCUGAUCUUCAGGCUAAGGAGCUGCUCAAAUGCACACAGCUAGUUGAAGUUUAAACCCCAGCAAAACAGUUUUCCCUGUAAAUGUAAAAUCACGCCUCAUCCCACCCCUUUGGUUUGUUUCCCCCUGAGAUCAUUGUUUGAGCAACUGCCUGUCCCCCACCCCUUUCUACUAUCUCUUCUCUCUGAGACAGGAUGAGAUCUUAGAACAAGGUAAAAACCUUCCUUGGCUAUUCAUCAUGGUCAGUGCACCUGAUCCUCACUCAGAGAGGAGGGCAGAACCAACCAGGCUUAUUUCAACAGGUUCCAGUUUACAAGACCACGGGAAGCCUCCUUAAAGGAGAGCAAGUGGGUUUGUCCCCAGCUUCUGCAAACAGCAGGAAAGAGCUCUCACUGGAUGGGAAUGUCCUGGGAAACCCCACCACUUCCUUUACCAUUUCUUGGAACUCAACUCGGGGAGAGAGAGAGGCUUAAGAGCCUUCUCUGGCAAAGGGGAGGGGGGACAUGCAUUUAUUUCAGGUUGUGGCUAUUGGCUCUAGGACUCAUUUCUCUGGUUAAGGGCUCCGCUGCUUAGAACUUCAGCUGUCCUUCUGAAAGACCAAAUCUAACUUAAUGUAACCAGAAACUUGGGGACUGCCACGUAUGGCUUUGUCUCUGCGACUCAAAAGGAGUGUAUUGGGCAAGUUCAACUGGAUGCAGUACGUGUGUGCGUGUGCAUGAGGUGUGUGUGGUGCCUAACAUCAUCUCUGCAUACUGGAAAUAAACCAAACUUCUCAAUGUC